UUGUUAAAAACUGUUUGUUUUGCUUUUCCAGAGAGGAUUUGACUUGUGGCGGGAAAUAAAGUUGAAUAGAAUAACGUUUCAGUGCUAAAUACCGAAAAUAUAGUGAAUUGAAAGUAUAGAUAAACUAAAUUUUACAAAUGAAAUAGUUGUCAUCUGAUAAUGUCGGACGCAGCACAGAAAAAAGACGAAUUCAAGAAGCACGUGCGUGCACUGCUAUUAUCAUGUCCAGCUGCUCUAACUGUCAGAGAGCUUGAGCGAGACUUUUACAACUUUAUUGGAGUCAGAUUAGCUUACAGGGAUAUAGGUUAUGCUACCAUUGAAGAUUUUUUGAGAGAUAUAGACGAUGCUGUCCAAAUAUCAUACAAGAAUGGGGUAAUGACACUUACAGCUAAUGCAGAUGAUACAACUAAACAUAUACAAAGGCUUGUGUCUAGACAGAAAGUAUCAAACAAGCAAAAGUAUGCUGUGUAUCGCAAUAGAGGGGGUGGUGGUCCCCCACGAAUGUAUCAGGGAAACAAUCGUUAUCCUAGAAGGUCGGCUUCAAAUUUGGCUCCUCCCCAACCGAUGGUUCCAGCAUACGUGAGGAGGCAGAUUAAAGAUUUGUUCCGUUCGUUCCCGAAUGGUAUACCCGUCACACACUUAGACAGUGCUUUCUCUAGAAUGUAUGGAACUGGUAUAAAUUAUAGGCAUUAUGGCUUUCAAAACCAGUACGAGUUUUUACAGUCAUUAAAAGAUAUAAUCAAAGUUGAAGAGGUUGAAAGGGGAGAAUGGCGAGUGUUUCCUGUGGAUAAUAUCGGCAAUAGAGAAACUAGAGAACUGCCCCCUAGACUGCAGGCAAAGGCAAAUAACCAGCUCAACAUGCAGACGUCCCAGGAAAAUUAUCAAGCACCGCAACCUGUACAGCAUUCGGCUGUUCAAGAACAACAACGGCCACAAGAAAACAAUCGUCGCAGAAGACCAUCAAAAGGGAGAGGUCGAAGAAGGGAGAAUUCCGGUGACAGCGAUAUUGUUGUAGGUCAAGAUGCUCGCAGUGUCUCCUCUACAAGUUCUCAUAAUGAAGAUCACCUGGAGCAAGAAAUUCAACAGGUUUUGGAGAAGAAUCCUGGUGGAAUUUGGGCAAAUCAAUUUCCAAAGGAGUUUGAAGCAGUACAUGGCCGACAGCUUGAUUACAGGGAGCACGGUUAUUUGAGUGUAAUAGAUUUCCUGUCUGCAAUGCCUGAUACAGUUGGGACAGUACGGCCAAAUCCACGCGGAGACUGGAUGGUUUAUGAUGCAAGAUUACCUGAGCCUGGUAAAAAAGAAACAAAAAAACAACGAAGCCCUCAUAAUAGUGGUGGUCAUUCAACAGAAUCGGAGGUCAAAGAAACGAUACAAACCAUUCUGAACAGUCGACCUUAUGGUGUUCCUGUCAAAAAGUUCCCAGAAGUUUUCAAGGAAUAUACUGGGAGAAAUUUGCCAUUAUCAGAACUUGGAUUUGACUCAUCAGAAGACCUCUGUCUUGCCAUGGAAGAUUCAAUUAUUCAAUUAGCUUACAAUGGAAAUGAAAUGAUAAUGUAUUCCAUUGAUAUAGAGAUGUCAGUAACCGAUCGUGAAUCUAGUCCCACACCGCCACCUCCAGGUAUUCCAAAUUCAGAAGAUUAUCCUGCAGAUGCUGUUGGGCCUGGUUGUCAUUUUGUACCUCUGAUUUUACCAAACCCAGAACAGUAUGUAGAACUAUAUGUAACAAAUGUAGUAAAUCCAGGUCUGUUCUGGGUAAUGUUACGACAUCGGACAAAGUCUCUUGCAUUGGAAUACUUGAUGGAUCAACUUGAUGAGACGUACAACAAAGACAGGGACAUGGAUAUUUACAGGAUGCCCGAGGAAUUGAUGGUCCCCGGCCAGGUGUGCGCCACCUUGUUUCCGGAAGAUAACAAUUGGCAUAGAGGUGUUAUAACUGGCAGUAAUGACAAAGGGUUUAUUGAAAUCUACUAUGUAGACUAUGGCAACACCAAUUUUGUACAGAAAAACAUGAUUAGAUUUUUAAAAGCUGAAUUCCUGACAUUGCCAGCCCAGGCUGUUCAAGCAAGGCUUGCCAACACACACCCACCUUCUGGUGUUAAUGGGAAAUGGAAGAAUAAAUCUAGAAGUCGUUUACUGGAGCUGACUUGUCAUCGUCCAUUAGUGGCUUACAUCUGUGAUGUGAAGAGCCAGAAGAUGUCACUGUGUUUAACAGAUACAAAUCAAUGUGAUGUAGAUAUACAUAUUAAUGAUGUUAUGGUAAAUGAUGGUCUAGCUAUAUUUAAACCAGACGCUGAAGUAGACGCCCCUGCUGACACGAACAAACACUUGAUGGAGCCUGAUUAUGGACAUGUGUUUGGAUGGAGUACGACUGAGGCACCGCGUCUACCUAGAGUGGCACAUAACAUAUCCAGGUGCGAAUCCCAGGACUCCACACAGAACAAACAAUGUUACGUGAAAUGGAUUCAGGUAGAUGAAUCAUGUGUUCUACAUUUAAUCAACCUGGACAGACAAGCUUACAUUGUAUCUGCUGAAAUCUCUGAAUUAUUCUGGGAUGAAGAUAUACUAACUCCAAUGUUGAGAAAGAAAAGGAUGGAUAUAGAAAAAAGAGUAGUGUGCAGUGAUAAGUUUCCUGAUCUCUUCCAAGAACUUGAAAGGUAUAAUGUAAAAUCAGUGAGGAAUGGUACAGCCACUAAACAACAAUUUCUGUCUCUGUAUAGACUAGAAAGUCUACCAAAGAUUUUAGAAGUAUUUGGACAUGAUAGUGAGACACUUUUACCAGCUUUACAUGAACUGAUAGCCAAGUUUUGCCCUGAGUAUCUGGGGGGUGAUUUCUUUUCCUAA